AUGGAGACACCGCCGCCGCCGAUGGCGCCGUACCUAAAGCGGUGGGAGGAGCAGAAGCAGCAGAGCCGCGACGACCGUCGGACGCAGCAGCGGUGGUGUCACGGCAGCGACGUGGGCGACGAGCUGAGCUUCAUCUCGGCCAUUGAGCGCGAGACAGGAGAGCCGUGCGACCUUCAGCCAGAGCCAUUGAGCCAUCCGAUGGGCGACAGUGCCUACGAUAUGUUUGAUCUACCGACGCUGGACGCGUUUCCGGAGUCGGAAGUUGCAGAAGAGACGCAGGAGCAUCAGCAUCAGCAGAUGCCGACGGACGACGAGUUUAUGGACGCCGCUGCUUUUCUCAAGCAGAACGAACUGGGCGGACACGACAGCUUUUCUAGCGACGUACAAGAGAGCUGGGAGCGCGUGCACUCGGUCGGUCGGCCAAGCGACUUUUUCGAGCAAAAGUCGCGCAAUCUGGACCACGUGGAGCUCUCGUCACCGACCAGCACUGACGAUGUCAUGCAUCGGGACGGUGACGCUGAGGAUGUGGCCGGUGGGUCUGCGCUGGGUGCUCCCUCGCGGCCGUUGUCUCCGGUCGACCCAGUGCAGGGCGUGGCGCUCCAUGAUCACUUCGAUCGUGACUCGGGGCUUUCAGGAUCAGACACAGCCUUUUCGUCUGGAUAUGAUAUUCACUUUGACAACACACGGAUGAUGUAUACACCGAGAUCGCUGAAGCACCUGCAGGAGAAGAGUCAGCCGAGGACCGACGGUUACCACGGUGACCACGCUACCGAAGAGCGUGGUCGUACGUGUGUAGACCAUGUCGGCGAGGCAAAAGCAUUGGCCUCGAAGCGCCGGAUGUUCCUGGACCAGGACUUUCCAGAUGACCCGUCGCCGGAACAAGUGGCCAUGUUGCAGCGCGGACCAGUCGUCAUCAAAGAGGCGCUGCGAGAAAUUGAUGCCGUGAUCGACAACUCGGUGCGACUAGUGUCAUCGUCGCACACGAAAACUCCGCUUGGCGUUGAGCUGUCUGAAGACGUGCGCGAGUUUGUCCGCGAGUACGAGCAUCCUCUGGAAUCCAUGCUUCCGCUUUCAAGAACAACCGACAGUUGGGGAGACGAUACAUCGACUUCCCAGGUUGACGACGACGUGAAUCGACAAAGUCGAGACUUCGAGUCAUUUUCUAGUGGCGUCGGACCUAGUGUCCAGACAACGAAAGGCAUGAGAAGAACAGUAUCUGCCGGACUUGUUGAUGCGCUGGACCGCAAAGAACUUCAUUUGGCGAUGGACGUUGCUAUGGCUCCGCACCGAAGCCGAAGGUUCCUUUGUUCUGUCGGCGACAUCAUGACGCAACAAAUCGUUUUUACGAACGAAACGAGUUCAGUUGGGAGAAUCUGUGUCUCCCUCCUUCCUCUAAGCACAGGGUGUCAACAAUUUAGCGUAUCACCAGCGGUACUGGAGCUAGGACCCAAGGCUUCUAGUGCGUUCUGUGUUACCUUCAGCGCACGUUACGCAGGCGCUGUAUCGGGGGUGUUUCAGUUCAGAGGAGUCGGCGUUGAUUCGCUAUUUGACCCGUACGAAAUCGUGAUCGAAGCAAGCGUGAAGCGACAAUCUGAAGUUGAAGCGCCAAGGAGUCCAAGCACAGCACGCCAGCGCCAAGAAACAGAUGUUGUCAGUGGUCGUGUUCAGGAAGUGCAAGCCAGUCCCUCAAUUGACCAUGUGGCAGUCACUCCCACGUCUAUUCGGUUUGAUUGUGUCCGAAGCAAGAGUGGCGAGCAGCUGUUCCGAAAAGCCAGACUUCGCUUAGCGAACAACACAGCUCAGGCAUUGCCGUUCAAGGUCCGUGCGCCUGAAAACAUUCGGGUGAGCCCAGCGUCUGGAAUGAUCCAGCCAGUGUCGAGCGUCAAUCUGUCAGUGCUACCGAUGUCGCAGCCGGUUGGUCCUCCCUGUCUAGUAGAAGAUUGGGUUGGCUCGCUCACAGUUCGAGUUGGCAAGACUUACACGCGCAAAGUGGAUGUUGUGGUGGACCGACGUGUGAUUCAAAUGCUUGCACCUUUUGCCCAGGUCGCACGUUUUCGGCACCAGCUUUCGCCACAAACAGAUUCGUUUUACUACGCCAAGCGUAGUAAACGACGUGGUUUGUACUUUCACGCUAGGGCAGUUGAAUUUGGAUGCUGCAAUGUUGGCGAGUCGCAUGAGGUGCCAGUGUAUGUGUGCAAUGGAUCCGAGGCACCAAUGACGGUCUUCUUACAGGACCUACAAGAGCCCUUCUCGAGUACCUUUUCCACGACCACCAUCAGGUCCCGGAAGUUUAUUGAGGUGAUGGUGACAUUCACUCCCAAAGUUGCGGGCAAAGUCGCCACGUCACUCUUCGCCUACUCGGUUGAUGAAAAGGCAGUAGUUACGCUCGUCGCUCGAGGCAUCUAG